AGCUAUGGAAUAUUUUAUGCCUACUGAGAGUCACUUUCCAUAAUAACCUAACAAUUUGCAAUUUUAUUCCAAACAUAAACAGCGUAAAGAAAAACGUACGAAAUGGCUGCAGUAUUAAAAAAGAGAGCUUUAGCAGAAUAUAGUCAAUCUAUAGUUCAAGAGGCCCCUUUCGAACCGCAACUGAAGCGGUUUCGCUUAGUCAAAAAGCAGGCAUCCGGUCGUCCAACCUUAGCCUUAAUCAGUUGCUUGCAAAACUGCAAAAACAGCAACGAGGCGCUUCAAACAUUACUUCGGUUAAUCGACACAUUUGAGUUCGAGCCUCCUGAUAUUAUCGAGGCGGUUAAGAAGUUAAGCGAACAUUUCAAAUCUGAACCAGAGUCGGCAGUACGCGUUAAGAUCUUGUCAUUACUCGCCGAUAUCGGUCACGAGCAGAAGGCCGAUUUACAAGCGAUUAUCGAUGAAACUUUGCUGUUGCUUAAAAACGAACGUUCGCAUAAAGUGAUCGCGCAAGGUAUAAACACGAUACUCAAGCUGGGCAAGUUGAGCGUCGACAACGGAGUACUGCAUUUGAAACUGCUCGAAAUCGUAAAGCACUACCUUAAGGAUGUCAGUCACAGUGUAAAGUGCAAGUGUCUCGAGGUGAUCGGGACACUAACACCAAUAACUGCAGAUCUGAACACAAACGAAAUUGUUCACCUGAUCAGCUCUUAUUUUAAUAACGAGGACGCGAGGGUGCGCAGUCAAGCUUUCUCCACCCUGAUAGUCUUGCACGAGCGCGGUAUGACACUCAACCCCGACAUUUACAUGAAUGUGUGUCAGGCUUUAAAGGAUGACUAUGAAAUUGUGCGGCUGGUCGUAAUCAAACUCAUCAGGUCACUGGGGGAGGCCCAUCCGGAGAAUUUGAUAAUGCUGCCGGAUAGUGAGCAGGAGGUGCGGCUGAUCGACGACGCAUUCGGUAAGGUUUGCAGUGGCUUGACAGAUUUGUCGAUGCGAGUACGCACCCUGGCGGCCAAGUUGUUGGGGAGCAUGACGCAGGUUAGCAAUCAUUUCCUCAACCAAACGCUGGACAAAAAAUUAAUUUCAAAUAUGCGACGAAAGAGAACUGCUCACGAAUUGGCAUGGGAGAAUGUGACUAGUGGCGAGUGGGCUAGCGGGAAGAAGUGGGCCGAUGAUCAGCCAAAAGAAAUGGUUGAUGCAGAUAGCAUUAAUUUGAUGAGUAGCGGUGCCUGUGGCGCUUUUGUUCAUGGACUCGAAGAUGAAUAUUUGGAGGUGAGAACGGCAGCAGUCGAAUCCCUUUGCCAAUUGGCGAUGAAAAACCCAGACUUCGCAAACCUCUCACUGGAUUUCUUAGUGGACAUGUUUAACGACGAAAUCGAAGAAGUCCGGCUGAUGGCCAUCGACAGUCUGAGAAGAAUUUCCGAGCACAUUAUUUUGCGCGACGACCAAUUGGAGACGAUACUAGGCGCAUUGGAAGACUUUUCGCAGGACGUACGCGAGGGCCUCCAUCAAAUGCUCGCGUCGUGUCGCAUGUCUACAACCGGUGGUUUGAAAAUGUGCAUAGAAAAGCUGCUGGAUAACUUGAAGAAGUAUCCGCAAGACAAACGCUCGACGUACAGAUGCUUGCAGAAGGUUGGGGCGCAACACCCCGAAUUGGUUCUACCGCUGAUUCCACCGUUGUUGUGUAUUCAUCCGUUUUUCGACACGUCUGAACCUGAUGUCGAUAAUCCACAAUAUAUUUGCAUUCUAAUCCUGAUUUUAAACGCCGCCAAGUACUCGCCGACAAUCAGCCCCCUCCUGGAACCUCACACGUUACGUCACUACGCCUAUCUGCGAGAUACCAUGCCGAAUUUCGUACCAGAAUUGAGGCUCUCCGAAGGUACCGGCAACACAAUAAUAAAACCCGCUUCGGUACCCGAAAGUUUCGAUUUUCUGAAAACCAUCGUCAACAGUCUGAAUGCCAGCGAGGUCUCCUACAGGGUACAAACAAAUUUAUUGCAAAUGGCGAAAGAGCACCUGAACCGCCUCAGUGAAAUGGAUUCGUCCAUCGCCGGUAUUGCGCAGUUUACUUCCCUGUACAUUGGAGCGCAAUUACUUUACGCGCAGAUAUUCGAAAAGGGCCUGUGGAAGAAUCCGAGCACCCUAGCGACGCAACAGGCCAACAUUCUCAAAACUAAUAUCGAUCAAUUACUCGAAAACUGCUUGAAGAUGCAAUACCUCUUCGUCGGUCUUGCCGCCAACGAGCAGUGCAGCAUCAAGCAAUUCCGUCUCAGAGCUCUGGCUCUAAACCUGAUCUUCAUUGUGAAAGCUAGUAAUUCGUCUGCUCUUGCUCCGUGCCAUCACUUCCUCGGAGCUGUUGAGGAAAUGCAAAGGGAGCUAGUAAUGCACGGCUUGGAACCGGACUCAUUCGCCAGCAGUGUUUUUAAAGAGCUAUCAGUAUUAGAGGAACCAAAACCGGGCGCUGUGGCCCGCCUCCUCAUACCCAUUCUGUCGGAGUCAAAGUUGGCCAAAAUCCCAGUACCGAACUCCCAGGUUCGCAUGAGCUCGGCGGUAAUAAUCGAGCCGAGCAACCAGACGGACUCCACUUUAAAAUUCACAGCCGGACUUACGAUGGCGGUUCCAUUGGAAGCGGAACUAUUCAACCUGUCCGAUCCCAGUAGGUUAAGAUUGAUUAUUAAGUACCCCGAUCAGCGGACCCACGUUGUUUUACCGCGUCCUGCGCAUUUAAAGCCGCUAUUUUUCGACAAUGACAAACAAGAUUCGCACAGUGGACAUAAUCUGAGACUGUUGACCACCGUCCUUAUAUCUCACCAGGUUUGGUCAGAGGCGUGUAAUGUUGAUAUAAGUAUUGCGUUAUCGGUACCAGAAGCUGAUAUAGCGAAGAAGAAGUUCAACGAUUCAUCAAGUAUACUGCACCUCUGUAAGCCACAGAAGAUCAGUGUUGCACCGAAACCGAUUAAAAGAGGAAUUUAAUUUUAUGUGUAUUUUUUCAAGAUCUAUAUAAAUAAA